AAAAAGGCUACAUGUUUAUUUGUCUCGUUUCAUUGUCUAGGGUUUGUAGAAUAUAUAUACCAUCUUUCAUCCUCAAGUAGUCUCUCUCACCGCGAUUAGGGUUUUGAGCAAAAAGGAGUGAUGAGAGCUAAGUGGAAGAAGAAGCGUAUGAGGAGAUUGAAGAGGAAGAGACGAAAGAUGAGACAGCGAUCUAAGUAGACCAAAUCUACUCCACAAGUCUUUCGCUUUUCCCCUCUGCAUUUUGUGUUUCAUUUGCUUCAGUUUGUUCCCAGAAUUUGUCUUAGUUUCCAGAUAUUGCUGUUGUUGGAUUAAUGGAUUUUCAGUUUGAUCUUCCUUUGUCUAUUAAUUUACGAUUUAAUAUUUGUCUCUAAGCUUAUAUUAUCUCAUCGUAGCUACUAGUUGAUCUUAACGCUUUUGUAGAAUUAGUGAUCCGAGAGCGAUCAAUUUUGAAUAUCAUCAUUUGGUUUGCAAUCAUUUCUGAUAAUCAAGUUGUUAUGUUUAUGUUGUCUCUAGCUGGUUAGG